GCGGAGCCUCGAGAGGAGGCGGACGGCGGGCACUUGGCGCGCAGGCGCAGUCGCUGCGCUAGAUAGCAUCGGAUAGCCGCGGCGGGGAGAGAGCAGCAUCAGCAUCAGCCAACAGGACAGCAAGGAAUCUGAUAAGAGUUAAACAUGUGCAAUUCUUCUAAAUAUAUUUCAUAUUCAACUUGCUGAGCUAGAAAAGCAGAUCAAAAAGGGGAAAAACAUGAGAAAGAAGAAAAAAACAAAGGAAGCAAACAACAACAAAAAAAGCAUUCAUCUGAUAAGGGCUCUCCAGGGAUUUGUGACUUCCAUAUUCCAAAAGAGUUAAGAACUCCCGGACUAGAGGUACUUUCUCCUGUGGUCUGCCAGGUCCCGGCCCAAAUCUGGAAGGUCCCUUUGAAGAGAUGGCCCUCGUGAAGGCCGGUUGGCUCUGGAGGCAGAGCUCCAUUCUUCGCCGGUGGAAGCGGAACUGGUUCGCCCUGUGGCUGGAUGGCACCCUGGGCUACUACAAGGAUGAUAGCCUGGAAGAGGAAGAGGACCGAGUGCUGAUCCGAUUCAACUGCCGAGAAGUAAAGACCGGACAGGAGUGCCCAGAGGUACAGCUCCCUGAGGGCCGGAACCGGGACUCCCUCCUGAUGGUGUACCUGAGGGACGGCCCCCGCCUGACACUCUGUGCUGAGACUAAGGAUGAAGCUUUAGCAUGGAAGGCUGCCCUUCUAGAAGCAAACUCCACUCCGGUACGCAUCUAUGACCCCUAUGAUGACUAUUACCAGAUGGUGCCACCCAAUGCCCAUGAUGCCACCUACAUCCGCACUGGCUACUACGGCCCCCCCUAUGGAGCUCCAGGAGUGACCCACGUCAUCCUGCGUGACUCACCCUACUAUGGCCGAGAUACUGGGGGCGAGCUAGCUAUGGGAAUGUUGGCUGGAGCUGCCACAGGUGCCGCCCUGGGUUCCCUCAUGUGGAUGCCCUGCUGGUUCUGAGUCCACAUACCCAGGAGCACCUGACGAUUCUCCCCACCAUUGGACAGAGAUCCUGGCCUUAGCCCUCAUUAGGUGCCUAUCUAUCUAUGGCACAAACUUCUCUUUGAUGGUCCUGUCCUGAUCUCCCAGAAUCCUAAGGACUGGGUUUCUCCCUCAGCCUUUGCUCUGUUCAAGUUCUGUUAUCUCUAGUCUCUCCAAUGUCCAUGCCCUUCUGUGCCCCAACUAUAGAAUAGAUAUAAGAUAUCUUGACCCUCCCAGUGAUUCCCCCAUCCACAGCUGGGUCUAGAGGUCUGAAUAUUUUUUUCAUCCAUUCCCAUCACACACACACACAUACACACACACAC